AUGAAAAUAAGACUGAUCCACUUGCUGGUUUUCUUUAACGCAGCUGUAUUCAUCUUAGCUAAUUAAAAGAAUCCAUAUAAAGUUUUGGGAUUGCCUACAACAGCAACUGAUGAAUAAAUUCAAAAGAAAUUCAGAGAGUUAUCUAAAAAAUACCAUCCAGACAUAAAUAAAGACCCAAAGGCAGCAGAAGUCUACUCAGAAAUAACUUCUGCCUACGAAAUUUUGUCUAACCCGACUUCAAAAUAAAAAUACUUUGAUGAAGUUGACAGAUAAAAUCAAAGAUCUAAUCAAUUUAAUUUUUAAAAUUGGGGAUACCAAAACUAUGGCUAUCACUAAAAUUCAUAAGUAAAACAAUAAAAUUACAAAAAGAAGUGGAAUGAACUCUUCUAGAAGAGACAUUCUUAGAGCUACUAAAGCUACUAUCAAAAUAAAAAACGUUCAUAUUAGCCUUCAAGUACAUCUAAGUUUGGUUGGAUUAAGGAUAAACUAUCUUCUUUACUAUUUGGAGGUGGAUUCAGCGAUAUUUUGAUUUAUGGAGCUAUAAUAUUUUUAGUAAUUAAGCUUUUUGGCAACUUGGUGCAUGUGCAAAUGAUAUGA